UGAUCGUCACCUCCGGUGACGUCACUUACAGCCUAGUCAAAACAACUGAAACAUGACGCUAGCGUCUCGCAAAUUCGGAUAAAAUGUCGGAUUUGUAACAAUCGCCGAUAAACACAUGGCGUGUUAUUCACCCUAAGGUCAUGAUUGUUCAGGACUGUGAGUUUGACAGCGUUUUAAUCGGGAUAAAGUAUUCAAAAUCCGCUCUGAAAAGCAUCGCUGUCGCUACCGGUUUGCUAACGGCAGGCGUCAGUCCAGCAAUCAGACCCGGUGCACGUUAGUUCACGUGUAAAUUUAACUAGAAAUAUCACAUCUAAGGUCUUACAUGGACUGUUAUUGUAGUCAAAAUAACUAGUAGUUGUUGUAAAGUGACUGUCGACAUAUCUGUGAGUCACAAAUACAUCCGUCAAGUUUCUGUUCUAGUCACCAUGACUUUACAUGUAAUGAUUUGUUUGACCAUAUCGACUGUUGUGAUUACAUUACACGAGUUGUGUGUUUACUGUCUUGCUUAUGUAGUCAUGAAUCAUCUGACACAGCUGUCAUAUCUGUGUCACGUUAUAACAUGCGUGUCAUUUGUGUUAUUGUAGUUUAUAACUGUGUGUAGUAUCUUUAGCAGAAGUAUACAUGCUUCUGGAAUGGGUCACUGUUGUCCCACACUGUGGUGUUGUGCGUAUUAUUGUAGUCCUGACGGGUAAGUGUGUAAUAUGUGUGUUUCCCUGCAGUGUGAGAGGUUUCACUCCAGGCAGGUAUUUGGAUCCCCGGGAGAGGCCGGUGCUCACCGAAGAGACGGGGAACAGGAUUGGUAAGCAGGGGGGAGCUGCCACCACGGAGCCAGUGGAAAAGAUGGCGAGCAGCCCGGAGAAAAGCACCUCAGCGCAGGAGCUCAAGGAGCAGGGGAACCGACUGUUCCUCAGCCGCAAAUACCAGGAGGCCGCCACCUGCUACAGUAAAGCCAUCAAUCGCAAUCCCUCCGUGGCCGUGUACUACACUAACCGGGCGCUGUGCUACGUGAAGCUACAGCAGUAUGACAAGGCACUGGCCGACUGUAAACAUGCCCUUGAACUUGACAGCCAAUCGGUGAAGGCGCACUUUUUUCUGGGCCAGUGCCAGCUGGAACUGGAGAAUUAUGAAGAGGCCAUUGGCAAUCUACAGAGAGCUUAUAACCUGGCAAAGGAACAGCGUUUGAAUUUCGGAGAUGAUAUCCCAAGUGCCCUUCGCAUUGCUAAGAAGAAACGCUGGAACAGUAUAGAGGACAAGCGGAUCAGUCAAGAGAACGAGCUGCACGCGUAUCUCACUCAACUCAUACUGGCAGAAAAAGAGAGAGAGAUAGAAAACUGCAGAGAGAAGCAGACAGAAGACAGUCCGAACGGAAGUGAAAUUAGCAAGAUCAAAUCCAAACAUGAUAAAUAUUUGAUGGAUAUGGAGGAGCUCUUCUCUCAAGUAGAUGAAAAGAGGAAGAAGCGAGAGAUUCCAGAUUAUUUGUGUGGGAAGAUCAGUUUUGAGCUCAUGAGAGAGCCUUGCAUAACACCCAGCGGUAUAACCUAUGACCGCAAAGACAUCGAGGAACAUCUACAGCGUGUUGGUCAUUUCGACCCAGUAACCCGCAGCCCACUGACCCAAGAUCAGCUGAUUCCCAAUCUGGCCAUGAAGGAGGUGAUUGACGCUUUCAUCCAGGAGAACGGUUGGGUGGAGGACUAUUAAACACAAACACACACGAGCGGACAGACGCCUGAAUGAAAUCUCCUGUAUAUUCAUGCACUUUAAUCAGUGGAGCUUUGCUGUGGAAUAUCCCACCGUCAGGAGUCAGCAGCACCCUCAGGAAGCCUCUGAAACCCUCCGCUCGACGGGUGCGAAUACUGACACAUACUAAAAAAGAAAACACGCAAGCGCUCUCGUCUUUCCCUAACAGACUCCGUCGAUCUGGCCUGCCUGCGGGUUUUGUUCGGGAUGCAAACAUUUUCGAUUGUUUGCGGUCACGAAAAUAGUCACGAGUCAACAGUUGAAUAAUCCUGCUGUUCAGUGCAAACCAUGAUGCUGUAAUUUCAUUACACCAACUAUAAAAAGCAUAGACACAUCACUAAUAAUCAUUAAGCGAAGAGGAAACUGUACAUGGUUAGCGUUAUGUGGGCUGACGUGUGUUUCUUUGUUCUUUAGAGAUCUAUAUGCAGAAUGAAUGAGAUGUAAGCGAGUGUGAAUAGUUGUAACAUGUAGAAUGUUUCGAAGACUUCUCUUGCGCUUGGGUUCUAGCAGGAUUAUAGAGUUUUGUAUGCAGCGUGUAAUCCACAUGUAUUUAGACAUUCAUGUAUGACUGCCAAUCAUUCAAAAUGAACUGAGAAUCUGUCGCAUUCAGACUACAUCAUCUUUUCUUAUGAUGUAUGAAAUGUUUCGUCUCGUGUGUAUGUGUAUUAGAGAGAGGAGUAAAUGAAAUCUGUUCUAACAGUCACACAAACACGUUUCUUGUUUAGUAUCAGUAUUUUUUUUCUUUGGUCCGGUGACCCUUGCUAGUAGCUGAAUAAUACAGAUCCCAAACUAUCCAUUCGGUUCAGGUGAAAUAUUACUGAAUCAUAACAUGUUUAGGUUGGAUGCAUGUUAAAAUAAAUGUUUAGUUUUUUGUAAAAAAAAAAGUUUGUUUUAUUCAAGUGAUCGUGAUUUGUAGUUCUGAUUCUUAUUUGAUAAGAAGAUUCCCAAGAUGGGGCUGGUGAAUUCUUGCUGAGGGGCCAAAAGUUGUUGUUGAAGUGUUUGCAGUGAGUCACUAGAGGUCAGCAUACUGCAGUGCUGAAUUAAACUGUGGUUUGAUCAUGUUGAGACAGAGCUGAGAGGAUCAGCAUCACUUCACCCUGCCAAUUCAAAUGUGAUUUUUACACCUCACUAUCACAUUCGCUGUUUGAUUGGUUAAACGUUGUGAACCGGAACAGUUUCACUUCUACUCGAUGGAGACGUUAGUCAGUUAAGAAGUUUCAAAGGAUUUUCAAAGGGAAUUUUCUCUGAACUGAUGUCAAGAGGACUGCUUUUGUAUUAUAAAUUGUAUUAUG